AUGCCACGAGCGUGGCAGUUCUCAGCACACCUCGCCAGCGGGCGCUCAGGUGUAGCAAAUGUUCUCCCCCCCCCCUCGGGGAAACGAGCCCGACCUGUUUGCCAGCGGGGCCGUGGCUGGCGCAGGAAUGUGGGCGGUUGGCGGCCGCAGGCGGGUCCCGCGGGGACGCGGAGCCCAAACGCCCGCACUCCUGCCCUCGGCACCCAGGCGCCCACAACGAUGCUCCCGCUGCUCCUCCUGCUCCUGGCGACGGCCCGCGGGCUGGAUGCCAUCCCCACCGUGGGCAAGCCAAGCCUGGCCAACACCUUCCUGGGGGGCCGGACCACCGCCUCCACCUUCGUGCUGGAGCAGCCCCGCUGCAUCUUCACCAAUCUACGAGACGACACCAUCAUCUGGCUGGUGGUGGCCCUCCCCGAGGCCGUUCCCAACUUCGACAACAAGGUGGAGCCUGGGGGCUCCGGGCGGGAGUUCCAGAAGUUCCCCAACACUACCCUCGCCUACAUGACCCUCAACACCACCAUCUUCAACUACCCCUGCGUCAACAACAGCAGGGACAUCACGGUGCUGCGCGUGGGCAGCGAGACCAGCUGUGCCAAGGAUGCCUCCAGACCCACCUGCAACGGCCCCCUGCCCAGCCCUGGGCCAUACCAGGUGAAGUUCCUCGCCCUGGAUGGCUCCGAGCCUGUGGCCCAGACAGGCUGGUCAGAUCCCAUUUCCCUGAGAAAAGGUACCUCUGCCAGCAUGCUCUUCCUGCUCCUUGAGCGAUUCACCCCAGCACUGAACCUGGAGGAGGGUGUCCCCAGCCCAGAGCUGGCCCAAUCCUACCUGGCCAAGCGGGACGCUGCGCUGAGCCCCUCGGCCCCGCCCACGCCCGGCUCGGCCCCGCCCACGCCCGCCUCGGCCCCGCCCACUCCCGUUCAGGCCCCGCCCACUCCCGCCCAGACCCCACCCCUUGGCCGACAGCCGAUAUAA